CAUGAGUCCUCAGUAUCCACACACUCAAGAGGAAGGCUUCGCGUCACAAACAUGGCAGACACCAAGGCAAUUCUUGUGGUCACUGCAGCACUCCUUUGCUUCAUACAGGUCCUGGAGGCAGAUUUGGUGAGGCGCUCAACCGACACGAGUUCCACAGUCAACGAGCUGCAAGAAGCGGCCACCAAGGCCCGGCAAGCUCUGAGCAACGCGGCUACCGAAGUGUCCCAAGUUUUGGGACUCGACAACCUCCCGGCACCCGAGACCCUGGCCAGCGAAUUGCACAACCAGACACUGAACUUCGCGCGCACAGUGGGCCAGUUCGUUGGGCAGCUCCAGAACGAGAUCACGGCUCAUCGGAGUGACUUGUCCAACCUGCUGCAAUCUGUUGCAGACCAGUGGAACGAGACCGCCACUUCUUUGCAGGCCUACACCCCUGAGGUGAGGAAGACGGCUCGGGAACUACAGACAUCAUUCAAUUCUGGUCUGCAGUUAUUUUUCGAACAAGCCCAGAAGCUUGUAGAUGCCGUGGGCCCCAACGCAAGGGCCAUCAGCCAGAAUGUGCAAGAGAUAACCCGCACGGCACUGGACAGGGUGCGGGAGACAGCUGACGAGUUCAGAACCAGCCUGCAGGAAACCACUCAGAACCAGCCAGAACACUAAAGACUGCUACAUGUACAUGUACUGUGAUUUCGUGUUGUGUGUAAAUCUCAAAAUACAAUAAAGUUACUUCGUUUUAAUAAUCCA